GAGAACCAUAAGCAUUUUGUUUUUCUGUAUCCAGCGUGUGACACUUUGGGAAAACUGCUAAAUCGAUCAUUGUCUUUGUUUGGUAGGUCUGCACCUCUCCAUACUGGUGGAAUGUAUCAUCUUCAUCUGCUGCUAAUGCUGUGCUUGGCAUUCUGGCCACGCUGCCAGCCACUGGAACAAGCAUCGCUGCGGUUUGUUGGGCUGGGGGACUGGGGAGGCAUCCCGUUAUUUCCCUACUACACCCCUCACGAGCAGGCCAUCGCUGCAGAGCUCGCCCGGACGGCACAGACUCUGGGAUUGGACUUUGUCCUCAGUCUGGGAGAUCAUUUCUACUACAAAGGAGUGGAGGACGUGAAUGAUCACCGCUUUAAGUGUACCUUUGAGAGUGUCUUCUCCCAUUCCUCGCUGGUUGACAUCCCUUGGUACUUGGUGGCAGGGAACCAUGACCACAUUAACAACGUCUCCGCUCAGAUCGCUUACUCGAGCAGAUCGAAGAGAUGGAGGUUCCCGGAGUUGUACUAUGAGCUCCAGUUCAAGGUUCCCCAGAGUAACGUGUCAGUGACCAUCCUGAUGAUUGACACAGUGGUGCUAUGUGGGAACACCUAUGAGGGGACCCAGCCCAAAGGAGAGGAAAACCUGGGGGCUUCUGCCAAGCAGUUGGACUGGAUCAACUCCAGACUGGCAAACAGCAAGUCAGAGUUCCUUGUGGUGGCUGGUCACUAUCCUGUGUUUUCCAUUGGUCAUCACGGCCCUACAAAGUGUAUUGUGCGUAGACUACGGCCUCUGCUGAAGAAGUAUAAUGUCACAGUCUACCUGAGUGGUCAUGACCACAGCAUACAGUUUAUCAGAGAGGAUGAUGGGAGUUCCUACGUGGUCAGCGGGAGCGGGAACUUUGUAGACCUGUCCACCAAACACGUCAAGACCUUCCCGUCGUCGUGGCAACGGUUCUCCAACGCCGUCAACCUUACGUCCGGCGGAUUCGCUUACUUUGUGGUCACAGAGAACAGUAUGACCAUCAGCUACAUUCAGACUGAUGGGAAAUGUGUUUACCAAACAGCAGUGGCAAGACGCAAGGUCUGACACACACACACACACACACGCACGCACGCGCGCGCACACACACAGACACUGACACACACACACAGACACACACACACACUGACACACACACACACACGCACGCACGCACGCACGCACACACACACACUGACACACACACACACACACACACACACAGAGGCAUCAUCAGAUAGUCAACAAUGAACUGCUAUAGGUCUAAUAUGCUGUCUGUUUUUAACCUCUUAAACUCUGACAUUGUUGACCAAACCAGGCAUAAUAUUGUAUACUACGUUGAUAGAGUGCAUUUCAGUUACAGAACUGUAAGUCCAAUAAACACCUGCUUAUUACUGCUAGAAAGGUAGGAACUGAUAAAGGUGUCAGAAACUGGGACUCCAACAGAGCCUGUGGUACAGCAGGACAAAACAACUGAAAUUCAUAUUUGUAUUAAUUCAUUUUUUUCAGGGAGUAUGUGAGGGGGGUGUGGUCCCCCAUUGUCCCCCAAUUGUCUCCCAAUUGUCUCCCAAUUGUCCCCCAAUUGUCCCCCAAUUGUCCCCCAAUUGUCUCCCAAUUGUCCCCCAAUUGUCCCCCAAUUGUCCCCAUGUUGGUGCAUAAGAGAUUUUAAAGUUUCAAAAUAAAAUAUGUCACCAAUUACUGUUCUAAAAGGAUAA